AUGGAAGAAGAAAAUGAGACAUUAACAACAGAUUUUGUUCUCUCAGGACUCUUCCCCAAUAUGAACUAUGUCAGUAUUCUUAUCUACAUUAUCAUCUUAAUUUAUCUUGCUGCAGUAACUGGAAACUUCUUCCUGCUCCUCCUGAUAUGGAUGGACUUGAGUCUCCACACUCCGAUGUACUUUCUGCUUAGCCAGCUUUCUCUCAUAGACCUGGCCCUCAUUAGCAGCACUGUCCCAAAGAUGAUGGUAAACUUUUUCUCUGGAAGGAAAGACAUCACUCGGGCAGCCUGUGGAACCCAGGUAUUUUUCUUUUUUACUCUUGGGGGUGCUGAAUGUAUCCUCUUGACUCUCAUGGCCUAUGACCGAUAUGUAGCUGUCUGUAACCCCUUGAGAUAUGCAGUCAUUAUAAACCAUGGCGUCUGUCUGCAAAUGGUCAUAGUGUCUUGGACUGGGGGAGUUUUAGCUUCCACAGCCCACACAUUCUAUACUAUGAGCCUGCCUAUCUGUGGCUCCAGAGAAAUCCAACAUUUCUUCUGUGAGAUGCCAGCAAUCAUGAAGAUCUCAUGCAAAGACACUUCUAUCUAUGAAGUAGUGGUCUUUGUGAUGGGCAUUUGUUUCAUCAUCAUCCCUUUUGGAUUUAUUAUGGCUUCCUACAUGCUCAUCUUCCACACAGUCCUUCAUAUGAAAUCCCCCCAAGGCAGGAGCAAAGCUUUGGCCAUCUGCUUCUCCCAUCUUACAGUGGUAAGCUUUUAUCUAGGACCAUGUGUUUAUAUGUACAUGACACCUGGUUCUUCUCAUACCCCUGAUCAGGAGCAGGCUGUGUCUGUAUUUUGCACUGUGCUCACACCCAUGCUCAAUCCAUUCAUCUAUAGCUUGAGAAACAAAGAUGUUUUGGGGGCUUUUCAGAAUGUCCUGAGGAAGCAUCCAGUCUUUAAAUGGACCACAUAA